AUGCGUGACGUGAGAGUAUACUGUGUGUUAUUGUGUUCCCUGGCGAUUUGUGCAGCGAAAAUUUGCAAGAUUCCCAAUGGUGGUGCCGGAGAGUGCAGGCCGAUAGAAAAAUGCAAACCCCUGUACGACCUAGAUAACAAACCAUACAAGACAGAAGCGGACGAAACAAUAUUACACCAGUCUUUUUGUGGAAAUCCAUUUAAUCCUAACAUAAAGGUUUGUUGCCCCCCGCGAAGUCAGUGGACGAAUUUCAGAAUAAAACCAGUUUUAUUUCCCGAUCAUACGGUCAUAUCAACCCCGGCAAUCAGUAGUAACCCGGAUAUCGAUAGAACUCCAUACAUCAAUAAAGACCCUGAUAUUAAUAAAAUCCCGGUGCCUGGGCCAGCUGUUCUUAGCAUACCAGAUAGAAAUGACCCUCCUGAUGUGAUUAUCAAUUACAACCAAUUAUCCCAUCAGAAUGAAGACAAUAAUGUAAAAGAAGAGAUUUCAACAUCCACUUGUGGCAUUGAUACCAGCAGUGGGAAUAAAAUUUUUGGAGGCGAAGCGACUAACAUCGACCAAUACCCGUGGUUAGUUGUAUUAGAAUACUCUGGUGGUCUUCUGUUAUGUGGCGGGAGCUUGAUUACAACAAAGUUCAUAAUGACGGCAGCUCACUGUAUAAAUGGCAUUAAUCGACCGCCGGUAUUUGCUCGUCUAGCUGAAUAUAACAUAACAUCAUUUCCUACCGACGUUGUUGAAACGGAUGGUGGUGGUGAAGAUUCUAUUACAGUGACUAUCAUCCCCGUUGAGAAGACAUUGGUCCAUCAUGAGCACAACCUGCGAUUAAGAACACACGACAUCGGACUCGUCAAACUAAGUCGCAAUGCAGUGUUGUCAGAUUUUAUCAAAAUCAUCUGCCUGCCGACGACAGACCUGCUACCUCAAUUCAACAAAAAAACAAACUUCACCCUAGCCGGCUGGGGAAGUGAUGAAACUGGUGGUGCUAGUGAUGUGAAGAAACAUGUCAUGCUACCGUUUGUGAAGGAAGAUCACUGUAAAAGAAUUUAUGCAGAUUUGCCGCUAUUGAAUGUGGUGUGCGCCGGUGGAGAGGCCGGUAAAGACUCGUGCGAUGGUGACUCUGGAGGACCCUUGAUGUACGAAGUGGAACAGAAAUAUAUAGCGGUAGGGGUGUUAAGUUUUGGAUAUCGCCAGUGUGGGAUAGCUGAUCGCCCUAGUGUCUACACCAAUGUCUUUAAGUAUGUAAAAUGGAUCAACGACGUAGUGGAAGGGAGAAUACCAAUGAAUUGA